UUAUAAAUAAAGAUGGCGGCUUCCAUGAAGUGCGCGAAAACUGUUCUUUCUUCACCAAAAGUUCGAACAUUUGUAAACAAAACAUAUUUAAGGAACAAUUCGGUGUACUUUUCUACAAGUUCCCAAGCUUUAGAAAAGGCAAAAUCUCCUCCCGGUUUAGAUGAAUUCUUUGAUGCGAAAGAAAAUUGGAAUGAGUCGACAAUCAAAGUGGGCAGACCAUGGUUAGAAGAUGAACUCAGAUUAAAGAGUAAUGAAGAUUUACACAAAUUAUGGUACAUACUUUUGAAAGAAAGGAAUAUGAUUAUGACGAUGGCAGAGGAAUAUAAAAGAACAGCUAACCUUAUGCCUGCUCCGGAAAGACAAGAAAAAGUAGAAGAAAGUAUGGAAAAUCUACUUACGGUUAUUCGUGAAAGAGACAGAGCUGUAAAUGUCUUGAAUACUGGGGAGACAGGUGAUCCUGGAAAACGCUGUUAUCCUAAUGAAUUAGGAAUAGUGGAUUGGAGAUAUAAAGUAGAAAAUUAUAGGCCUUUACAUUUGCGUCGAUGGAGAUUGGAAAAGCAUUGGUCUGCCCCUUUGAUUAGACUACUUAAAGAGAGAAAAUUUAAAAAAGCAUAUAGGGAGAAAAAAUUGAAAGAAAAAAAGAAAGAAGAUAUUCGUAAAAGAUUUCCUUCACAAUCAGACUUAGAAGGAUAA